UACCAAGAUUUAUUUAUGCAUCUACCGGUAUGCUUGGCUCAUGUUUACCAGUGCAAGGUUGGGGCUCAAGUGGACCUGCGUGUGGGUGGCGACUACUUCUAUGACCCUCAGCCAGGCGAGGAGCCUCCCACAAACCUGCUGCUGGUGGCGGGUGGGGUCGGGAUCAACCCCCUCAUGAGUAUGCUGAGCCACGUUCAUGAUCUGCAGCAGAUGGCGACGACACGCAGCAUGUGCCCAAACAAGGUCAUCCUCAUGUUCAGUGCCAAAACCAAGGAGGAACUUUUGUUCAGGAAAAGAAUUGAUGAAUUAUGCAAUAUGAAGUCAAACAACAUGUCAUCAAUGUAUUUCAUCACAGAGGAGACGGCUGGGAAAGGAGACAACACUGUUUACAGUCGAAUCAAAGAGCAGCACAUACAAGAAGUGACGGACAGGUUGAAACAAGGGAAGGUGGAGUGCUACCUGUGUGGUCCAUCCCCCAUGAUAGCAAGUAUAGAAACAAUGCUUAAGGCUUGUGGCAUCACUGAACCCAGCAUUCACUACGAGAGAUGGUGGUAGAUGCUCUGGGAUUGUAUAUUGGAGGAGUAUCAUGGCAUUAUGGAAUUCCUAUGGUAUGUUUUAUUGAGUUUUAAGCACAUAUCAGUUGUGCCCUUGACAAAUGUAGUGAUAAUUCCAAUGAAGUGUUGCUGUAUUUGUCAAAGGAAUUUCCAUGAAGCCCUCAAAAACCUGAAUAAAAUCUGUGAUCACUGAGCAGUCUCAAUUUUUAUUGAUUUACAAUUUCAGGUUUUCAGGUAACUGUAGUACUUUUCCCUUGAUAAUUCAGGGUGGAACUGGUCCCUGUACUGCAUGCUUGUGGUUAGAGUAACUACGAAAUCAUUGCUUUUACUGCUCUGCUAUUACUGUUGGAUAUCUAGUGGUCGCUGACACAUAGCUACGAUUCACGCCUUCAUAAGCUUCUUCUUCAGUAGAUGUUGAAUUUGCACCGUCCUUCACCAGCUCCGUCACUGUACCUUACAGAAUAUCAUUUAACCAUAUACCCCCUUGUUCCCGAACCACUUACCUUCAAGUUCACCCAGUAUUUCAACUGAAAAUGAAUUUUGUCAAAAGGACUGCACCUGUCAAAACAAAGGGGUCGAGUUUACUGUUGGGCCAAUGUGUCUAAAAUUCUUAACCUGGACAGAGACAGCAAACUCACAAAACUCAACUCCUUUCCUACUGCAACAGGAAUAAUAGUAGAUUAUAUGUGGAUACAGAACACCCCCGACCACCUCCCAUGGGGUGUCUAUGAUGUCAUUGACCUAUGACCUCCAUAUGACCUGCCCUUGACCUCUGACCUCAUUUGAUAUUUGUGAGGUCACACUAUUGUCCUUAGGUCAACAGGGAGUUGAAUAGGUACUGUAGUCAAUCGCACCUCUGUCAAUAAGGUAUUGAGACCGAAUUGAAUAGCUAUUUUAGGGGAGUUGACAGAAUAACUCAUUAAUAUGCAAAUGUAUGCAUGACGUCACAGGUCAAGUAGGUUAAUAAAGGGUCAACUGACCAGAUGCAACCAUGCAAUUAAUUACUUGACCAUUCGUUUACCGUAGAACACGGGAUAGUAAUGAAUGUCCCUAUAUGGAAAUGUUACUACGACCGGGGUUGGGUUGGGUCUUGACGCAGAAUGGAACAGGUUAAUGUAGAAAGAUCUCCCAGAUAUUCAGUUACGUUAAUAAAGGGUCAACUGAUCGGAGGCAAUCAUACAGUUAAUUACUUGACCAAUCGUUAAACGUAGAACAACACGUGUCUAAACACAAGGUGGCGGACGUUGGCAUGCACGCUCACAGGCGUCACGUGACCUCGGUCAGACUUAAAUUUGUCUGAUACAGACUAUACUAGACUCCGUCCGACAAGUUAAACGCUUGACUGCACCCUAUACCAUGGCCAGCCACCCACCUGUAGAUGAUAUAGUCCGUUCUACAUAGCGUAUACAUUUGUAAACACAUCCAACUAAGCCUUAUCUUUCUUUCUUUUUUCCCCUUGGAAUUAGACACAGCAUAGUUUUGAAGUACAAUGGGAAACGGCGUAGUGUACCAACUUAUUAUUUUAAUAAAUUGAACCUUGAUACUUU